ACAGGCCACACGCCAUUUUAAGUAAUUGUGACAACCCGCAAGAAAGUGUUCUAUCCUGUUUGUGACGGUAGACGGAAAAACGCUAUUAAAUAAUUAUCUAAACAACGCAAAAACGUGUGCAAGUCACAGUUUAAUAUAGAAGCUACGUUCUCAAAUAGUUUUUGUGUACAUGCAAAGUUAACGUAGCGUAUAAAAGUUGCAAUAAAAUAUUCAAUCAAGCCGAAAGAAAAAAAGUUUUUCUCAUUGGAUUCUGCUUCCUCUUCGGUCCAGUUCAAACCCUUCAUACCCACCAACGCCCCUUCUGUGUUUUUAAUACACACAUUCAUCUAUGCAUAUAGGCAUAUAAUUGCAAAGAGAAGGUGCCGCAAAGAAUAGAAGGAAAUAAAAUAAGAAGGGAAGUAGAAUUGGAGCAGGCAGCUAGUAAGAAAAUAAAAAAAAAUAAAAGUACGAAACGAAAGAGUAGACGAUUUCACUGGCAGACGCCGCGAGCAGAAAACGUUUACGAAGACAAGGCCUCAAAAAAAAAGGAAUUUUUUUACACAACACGCUUGCAUAGAGCAUCAGAGCAUCGUAGCCGCACACCAACGGAGCAUACAACAUAUAGUAUUAUAAGAAGUGCGUGCACUCGUUUAUGUGUGAGUGCGAAAGGUGCAACGAGUUUGUACGGCGGGUGUGAAUUGUGUGUAGGAGAGCAACGAACUCGCGUGCAAGCGUCGAGAGAAAGGAAUUCAUAGAAGACUGAGGAUUUAGUUAUAAACAGUGCUAAGAGAAUACACCUUUUACGCGAGGCAAACAUAAAAGGCUAACCACUAAUUGUGAGGCCAGCAGCAGCCACUUUUAUUUAACUGUCACAUACAAUAGAACUUAAACUAAUUUCAAAACGACGCGGAAGACAACAGUAGCAAAAGUUUUAGUAAGCCGAAAACAGCGGUUUGCCGUCGUAACAAGUGUAUUACCACCACUCGUUGUGAAGUAUAAAACAAAGGAAGAAAAAAAAGCCUACGGAUUAGCAAUUACAACAAUUUGCAAGCUAGUAACUAGAGGAAACCCAAACUGCUGCUCAUACACACUUACAUAUAUAUUUCUAAAAGCAAACUUUGUGUUCUCUCGAAAUAUUCUCAAGAAAUUCACUGAUACCCGGUGUGAGCUAUAUAAGAUUCUUUAAUUUGGCUCGUUUUGAAGUCAAAAGUGACCGAGCGCUGACUACACUAUCAAGUUCUAUCUAUCAACACAAAUGCAUAAGCAUAUAUCCGGCGUAAACAAAUAUAAAUAAAUAAAAAUUACAAAAAUAAAACCAAUACGAGUAUUAGAACAACUAAACGGAGUAGAAGAAAUUUGAGUAAAUAUUGUUUAUCGAACGCAUAAUUUGAAAGAAAAGAAGCUUUGAAAAAAUAAAUUGUGCUUACUGGCAAUCAUUCGAAGUCACUUUUCGUAGCAGCAAAGAGGAGGAAAAAUAAAAAGUGUAACAACAAUAGGAGAAUAGUGGAAACGUGAAAAUUUUGUGCAAAACUACGGAAAAAUAUAUAUAUAUAUAUAUACAUAAAUACGAAAGUCAUAGACUAAAACACCGGCUAAUAAGUUCAUAAAGCCGAGCACAUAGAAACAAAACAGCAAAAAUAAAGAAAGAAAAAAUUCGUUGAAAUUUUUGCACUGCUUGCGAAAAAGAGCAGAGUUUACACAACCAACAACCGUAAAAGUAAAUAAAUUCAAAUCGCUGCAAUUCAAGCAGGAGCAAUACUAGUAGUGGUGAAGUGAGUGCGGCGCAAGGGGGAGGUAACGCUAAUGAGGAUCUACUGGCAGCAUGAGUACACUGGGGGGAAGUAGGGGAGAGCGAAAUGCCAAGCCCAAGUUCUCAGCACUCGAUAUAAAUCGAAUGUACAUAAAUAGUCGCGGUGAACCAGCUGAACCAUCUGCACAAAAGAGUCAAGUGCCACGUAAACAUGGAAUGCAAAGUUUGGGCAAAGUGCCGUCCGCAAGGCGUCCACCAGCUAAUUUACCAUCCCUGAAAGCUGAAAUAACAAAUUCGCCUAAUACGAAUAACAAUCUAAUAACAUCUAUCGGACAAGAAGUCAAUACCACAAGCGGCGGUCAAAUAACAACACAACAUACACCUACUGGAGGCGUAGGAAAUAUCAAUCAACAACAGCAACAACAACAUCAUCAAUUGAAGAACACUAGCAACAACAGUAACAGCAAAAACAGCAGCAGCAGCAGCAGCAGCAGCAACAACAUCAAGUCCGCACUUGGUAAUAGUAAUAACGUCAACAAUAACAACAAAAAUAGCAACAACAGCAAUAGCAUUAGUAAUAGUAUCGGUGUCGGCGGUGUAAAGCUUGUUAACAAUUCGACAAGUGGCAGCAGCGGUGGCGGUCAACAGUUGCGUAAUUCUUCUAUAACGAAUCACGUCGUUCAACAACACCAACAACAACAGCAUCAGCAACGAAACUCGCCAGUAACAUGGUCGGCGGUGACAACGGGCAACGACAUGACCAGUGGCGGCGGCGGCAGUGGCAAGGGCAGUGGUGGUGGCGGGAGCGGGGGCAAAUCGUCAGUGCCGCCCCUCUAUCAGAGUCCACAGUUUCAAUACGAAUUUCCAACGUUGGAUGGCACAGUUGGCGGCGGCGGCGGUGGUGGUGGUGGUGGCAGCGGCGGCGGCGGCAAUGCAUCGAACCGAAACAAACAACAACAGCAGCAGCAACAGCAACAGCAACAGGAGCAGUAUCAUCACCAGCAGCACCAACACCAACACCAACAACACCAUCAUCAACAUUCGAACCAACAACAAGAACACCAACGUCAUUAUCAUCACCAUCAGCAACAGCAGAAUCAUCAUUACCAUCAUCAUCAGCAGCAACAACAACAACAACAGAAUCAUCAUUCACACCAACACCGCGACUACAACAACCAGCAACAACAUGGAAGCGGUGGCCGUCAUGCAAACGAUCAGCGUUACGAUGCGCACAAUUACAAAGAUGGCAACGACGGCGACGGUGGCAGCGAUUACUCUUACCAUCAGCAGCAGCAGCAACAACAACACCACCAUCGUCAUCAUUCGCAUCCCGAUCAACAACAGCAACAACGCGAAGUAAACGAAGUAAGCCUGCGUCCACAAACCGAUGCUGCCGCCUGGUUGCAACAGCAAGAAAAACCCGGCAAGGGCACAACGGACGGACAGUCCAACCAACAGGGCCAGGGCCACCAGUCCCAAAAUUCAAAUGCAGCAGUACCGUUGCCCAUACUGCAGCUAAUGCCAUCGUUUAUGCAACGCGGCGCACCAUUGCCAGCAACUGGCAGCGGUGCCAGUGUCGGUGGCAGCAACGGGCCACGCUCUCAAACACCAACAAACUAUCAGAACGGCAUUGGAGGCGGUAAGGACACCGGUGGCGGCGGCGGCGGCGGCAGUAGUGGUGUUGGCUCGCGUCCACAGCAGCGCUCAGGAAGUGGCAAUGGUGGCGGUGGCGGCACUCAGGACUAUCGUUCCGGCUCGCCAGCUAUUAGCAAUUUCCGCACUGCGGCUGCUAUACCCAAGAGACCACCACAAAUGACUACACCACCGCUAGGUGGCACACAAACACCGAACGGUGGUGCCGGUCGCAAGGAUAAGGAAUUUAUUAUUGAACCCGAAGUGGUGCAGAUGCAACGACCCAUUAUACGAGAGGAAGAUCUGGAGCGUUUAAAUGCUAUAGCUAACGACGACAGUUGGACGAAGCAAGAUGACAUUGACUACACUAAAAAGCUGACAUUCUCAGAUGAUGAAUCGCCUGAAGAGCAUAUACCAACACAGGACCGAGAUCGACCAGUAUUCAAUAAAUCGGGCGGCAGUGGCAGCAUUAGCGGUGGUUCUCACGAUCAACGCAAGAGCUCCAACGCUAGCAGUUUGAAUAACAGCUGGCAACGCAGCGGCAGCGUGAAGGAGCAACGUGAGAGCGUCGAACGCGAUAAAUCAGCCGAACGCGAGGAUACUCGUCAGCAGAAUGGUCAUCGUACUAUUGCCGCUGGCAGUAUUGCCCUCGAUGCAGCCGUUUAUGAACGUGUGAAGCAGCGCAAAGAAGAAGAGGAACGGCGCGAGAAGGAACGUCGUGAGGCAGCCGCACGUAAACUACAAGAACUCGAAAUGAAGAUCUACAAUAAAAAGGCGGCGAGCGCAGCAGCGGCCGGUAACAAUGCAGUAAUACCAUCCGGUGGCGGUGAUGCUGUGGAACUUACCACUCCUCCACCCUCAGUUGGUGCUGCGAGUGAUGAAGAAGUGAAUAUUCGACGUAGCGGCGUUAACAGGGACUUCGACCGCGGCAACACACGCUUGGGUGGGGGAAGCUAUGAGGUACGUGACGUGCGCGGUGGAGGCGACUAUUUGCGUGGUGAACGUGGUGACCGCACACUAGGCGGCGGCGUUGGACCGCAAGCCAUUGGUGCUGGCGGCAAACCAAUAUUCUCUGCACAAUUCCAAUCGAACUUGCCGCCACGUUUCCAGAAGCAGCAGCAGAUGCAAGCGCAGUUAGGACCCAUAAGUGGCAGCGGCGGUGGAUUAAGUGGUAGUGGUAAAGCGCCCGGUUCGUUGGGAGGGCCCUUGGAGAAGUCGGCAUCCUCAGGCUCUGCUUAUGACGUUGGCGGAGGUGGACGUUAUAUACAGAAGAGCGGAGCCGGCGUUGGAGGACCGAUGCAACGAGGCGGUCGUGGUGAUUAUCGUGACAAUUAUACGCGCGGCGGCGGCUAUGGGCGUAUACGAAAUGACAGUGAACGUGAUGAUGAACCGCGCUAUCAUGGUGGGCGCGGUGGACGUGGUGUCGGUGACGAUUACAUGCGUGGUAAUGGCUUAUCGCAGAACCAAUUAUCACGUAGCAUCUCAGAUACUUCGCAACGCAAGACUAGCGUUUCAUCCAACGAUGAUUCGUGCAAAUAUGGCGGAGGCAAUAGUUUGAAUGAUUCCAAGGAGUUUGGUAGUAACGCACUUGUGUCAUCUUGGGCUGAGGAGACGGAUGCCGAGAUGAAGCGCCAACGUGAGGAGAGCUUCUCUUCGGCGCACAGUCAGGAGUCACUACCCAUUAAGAUACUACAACGUCCGCACACUCAGAAGAGUGUAUCUGAAGAGGAGACUUCGCCCCAACAGCAGCAGCAACAACAAUUACAAUCUCAACAACAACAACAGUAUCAACAGUCUCAACAACACCAGCAACUGCCACUUCGCCGCAGCGAAAGUGAGCAAACAUCGCAUUUCGCGCCAACACAAAUUCUACGUCGUUCCGAGUCGUCAAGCGAUGAAAAGCCGAAGCCAACGCAACAAUCAAGUAAUGCCGAUCAGAUCGCAUCUAGUAAAAUUUCUGAGGAGAAGAGUGCUUCAAGCGUUAAGCCAAUGACGGACGCCGAACUUCAGCAUAAGAAACAUAAAGAAAGUGAAAGCAGCAACUCAGCAGCUCCAGUCAUUACGGGGGUACGAAAGGAUUCCGUCUCAACCGAUGACAGCAAGCAGCUGACGGAAGAAAGCCGAUCGACAGCAGCAACAGCAACAGGAAGUCUGCCACAACGCGAGCAGAAAAGACCCAGUUCCCGCGGUGGUAGUAGCGGUGGUGGUGCAGGUCGUGAUCGUGUCGGUGAUCGUGAUCGUGAUCGUGACAGAGAUCGAGAGCGCGGCUCACAUUCACGCGGUUUCCCCAGCUCUCGCGGUGUACGUGACUGGAAUCCACGCGGUAUGCGCGGUGGACGCUAUUAUGGCUCCAACGAACCAAGACUGCCCAGUGAAUCGGAACACUCAGAGGAUGUUGACGAAGAAGCGUAUGGCGGACGUCGUGGCGAUCGUCAAAGUUCGAAAGGGCCACGUAAGGACCAUGUUGGUGGCGGCGGUGGUCAUCGCAGUAGUGGAGAGGAACGUAGCUCGAAGGAAGGUUUCGCUCCACGUGGUGAACCGUCACGGCGCGGACGAGGGGGUGGCGCAAAUAUAGGUGAUCGCGGUGAUCGUGGAGACCGCGGAGAUCGCGGAGAUCGUGGAUCCUCGUCGUCGUAUCGACGCAAUGACGGUGGGGGUGGUGGUGGACGAGGUCAGGGACGCCAUUAUGGUCGACAACCCUAUGACGAUCACCACAAGGAUCACAAACGCAGCUCGGAGUCGGAACAGACUGGCGGUGGCAGUGAUGUGGAUAAAACGAAACAAAAUCAGUUAGCGCUUAGCGCAGGGCUCUCCAAAGUGAAAGACCCCAAUGCAGCUACAGCAACGUCUGCUGACGACAAGACGCGUACACAAACCGUUAACAAGCAACAGACACCAGCGCAAGGUGCAGCAAAUGCACCGCCAACUAAGAAAGUCGGUGCUAUUGGCGAAUCGGAUAAAAAAGGUUCUACGCCAACGCCUAUACCCAAGCCAUUUAGUGGCAACAGUGCUGGUGGCAGCACACAAGCACGCAAGGAAAGUACAUCGAGUACUAAAACCGACGACGUCUCUGAACGUGAACGUAAGUCUGCUUCCAAGGAAAAGGACUUGCCCAGCGGUGUCGUGCAACAGCCACAGCAACAGCGCAGCACUAGCUCCGGCCAAUUGUCGGCAGCGCAACGCAGUAACUCCAGUGUCGGUGCUAAGAAACAAGAUUUGCCAAUGGCCUCACUGCCAACCUCGCAAUCGGCAACCGCCAUUGGCACCAACAAACCCAACCAACAACCACAGCAGCAAACAGUGACGAAACCACCACCCGGUCUGGGUGGCGUCAACACCAGCGGCAAUUUCAAACCUGUAAACAAUGCAUCGUUGCCUAAUCAGAGUGUUGCGCCACAACAACAGCAACAACAAAAGCAAAAUGUCGAGCUGCAGAAGAGUAAAUCGGACACAAACUCCGUUACAACGAAUCUAGGUCGCCAACAGCCAACCACACAGCACCGCGCCUCGAUCAGUGAGGUGGACAAGGUGAAGCUGAGCAUCGGCGCCAAUGAAAAGCCGAAUACAACGGUCGUUAGUGGCGCUAGUCAGUUACUACUAGAUGGCGCACCAGUCAAUACUAUCAUUUUCGAGAACACGAACUAUAAGCAGCAGGCACAGGCAGCACAGAUGAAGCGAUCCUCCGAAUCUCUGACGUCGGCCGUCAGUAGUGGAGUGAGUGUUUCCGCAGUUGAAACGCUGAGCACAGCGCUGUCACAGAUGUCAUUCACCAAGGGAGCGGAUGUUCCUGUGACCGUUGGCGGCGUGUUGCCAAACGCUGCAUCCGACUAUGAGAAGGAUAUGAAGUUGGGCUUCACAUUUGGCGAUGCCACUGAGUCGUACGCCACUUCGGUAAGCAAUAAACCGACGGGUGACAACGAGUCGAAAGUUGUGGCGGCACAACAGGCCGCUGUAGGGCAACAUCAGCAGCAGCAACAACAACAGGCGCAAAAUAUAAUUUCCACUGCAGAUUUGAAUAUGAAAAUCGCUAGCGUAAAGAAGGUCUGGGAGAGCGUAGCGCCAAUGACGACCGAGGCGAGUUCGUCGGCGUUGCAACACCAGCAGGUAGUACACCAACAGCAGCAGCAGGCACAACAGCAAGCCCAACAACAGUUGCAGCACCAACAACAACAGCAGCAGCAACAACAGCAACAGCAGCAGCAGCAGCAAGCCCAACAGCAAAUGGAGGUGGUGGAUCCCAGCGUACAUAUGUCGGCGGCCGCCUCCUUUGUAGCAGCAGUAGCCGCAUCUCAGCAACAACACCAACAACAGCAUAUGCCACACUAUGCAGUGACAGCUGUACCCUUGCAUCAGCAUCAACACCAACACCACUCGCUCUCCUCGCCCGGUCCGGUGCCCAGCGGUUAUGGCGGCCAUGGCUCACCCUUCGACGUCUCCACACCACUUGAGCAGUUCGCACAGAGCGGCAGCAUUGUGGUGGGCGGCGCCGAUGAUCCGGCAAGUGUGGUGGGCUAUCCCAGUCCACAACAGACACAACAGCAACAGCAGACGCAAUCUGCUGCCGCUGCCCAACAACAGCAGCAAGUGCUAAAGCAUCCAGAUGUUGUCAAGCAGCAGCAGCAGGCUUCGGCUGCAGCCAAACAAAUGCAGCAGCAUCAUGGCUCAUCGAUGGGCAUGUCGCCACCACCCAAUCUACAGCAGCAGCAACAACAGCAGCAACAGCAACAACAACAGCAGCAGCAACAAGCACAACAUCAACAAUCCGCGGCAGCACAACAACAACAAUUACACGCAGCACCGCCUUCCUUCUACCAAGCAUCACCACAAUUCACCGGCAUACCCAGCCCGCCAACGGUUGUGUUCAACUCGUCGCAAAUGGCACCGCCACCACCCUCACAGGCUGGCCUCUACGCACCAUUCCAUUCACUUGAUCAUUCGAGCCGUUCACAAUUCUCCACUGCGGCGCACAGUUUCCCCGGUCAUUAUAGCGCAGCAGCAGCAGCAGCAGCGGCGGGUGGACCCUUUAACGCGUACACCAUGCAAACGCCACCCAAUAUGGCUGCGGCACCCACACCCGAAAUGUAUUCCAGUUUAACGUCACAGUUUCGCUUGGGCGGUGGUCCAUCGCCUUUCGGCAAUCCCAAUUCACAACAACUAAGCAAUCCGAAUGCACAAGCCGUGGCGAUAAUUUCCUCUAAUUCCAAUUCGAUGAUGUCAUCGGUGGGUUCCGUAAAACCACCACCCUCAUCGCAACAACUCGGCACGAUCGGCUCGAAGGGUGCAGGCGGUGGCGGUCCAUAUGCAGCGCAACAAUACAUGAAUCUGUAUCCCGGUCCACCGCCACAACAUCCACAAGGCGGACCACCUGGACCGCCGGGCGCACAUCAAUUGCAAUCGAAUAGCUACUACUCGAAUUCGGCUAGUGGACCGAAUGGACCAGCAUUUUAUGGUGGUCCACCACCACAAGGCGCAGGCGCCGGAGCGCAAAACUUUGGCUUAGCAGCUGCAGCUGCAGCGGCGGCUGGUCUGUAUGGGGGACAUCAAGGUGGACCGCCGGGUUCGAAUGGGCCACAAGGCCCGCCCGGUCCACAAUCACAACACACAAUGGGCAAUUUUAAUACGCCAUUUAUGAAUUCGCCGCUCUUGACUGCAGCGAGCAUCAAUCAAUUUCGUGCUGGACCGACGCCACAGCAGCAGGUAGCUGCUGCAGCGGCUUAUAUGAAAUCCGGACAAGGACAAAGUCAUCUACAAGACUCGAUGGGUCGUCAGCUAAAAAGUCCACUGGGUGCUGAUGUCAGCUUAAGUCUGGCCAAGCAGGUGCAAUCACAACCCAGCCCACCGCACCAUAAAAACUAUGGCAGCUGGGACCUGCAGAAUCAAGUUAUGCAGCAACAAGCCCAACAGCAAUCCCAAUCACAGCAGCAGCAGCAGCAGCAAGGAGUGCAACAGCGUGGUGGCGGCGGUAUGGGUGCUGUUGGAGGGGGCGGAGGCAACGGUGGUAACAUGCAGAAUAUGCCGCCCGGCAGUCGUGGUGGCGGUGGUCCACCAGGCGUACAAGGCGGUCCCGCCGGUGGUGGUGGUGGUGUUAGUGGUCAGGGUGGCCAAGGACGUUAUCCAACACCCAUACAGCGACCUAAUAAUUAUCCCCAACAUCCGCAAGGUGGCGCACAGUCUCAACAGCAGCAACAACAACAGCAACAACAGCAGCAGCAACAACAGCAAGCGCAAGCCGGUCAACGACCAAAUAACAUGCGACAAGGGCCGCCCGGUGGUGGUGGCGGCGGCGGCGGCGGACCACCAGGCAGUGGUGGCAACGUGGUUGUUGUAGUGCCAGCCAACCAAGGCCCAGGCGGUCACAAUAAUGGCGGCCCCAACGGUGGCCCUGGUGGUCCAAAUAAUAGCGGAGCCGGUGGUGGUGGUGGCCCCAACGGUGGUGGUGGUGGUGGUGGACAAAUGAACAAACCCUACUAUGCGAACAAUGCCGGUGGCGGUGGAAGUCGAGCUAAUCAUGUUUAGAAACCGAAAAUAUAAUUGCGUGAACUUCAAGAAAAAAAGUUUGGAAGAACCAAUUAAACUACUGAAAUACAAAAAAAAAUUAUUUUUAUUCAUUAACGAUUUAAAAAACUUAUAUAUGUAUGUAUGUUCGCAGAGCAGCAAUACGGAAUAACAGCGGAAAAUGGUUGGAGAGCAGUAACAAUUUUUUCACCUUUUCAUAAUUAAGCUUUUACUAAAUAAUAAACAAUAAACACCAAAAUGGACUAACCAAAAUAGCAAUAUGUAGUAGUGGUAGUAACAAUAGAUGCUAACAUGACAACUUACAAAAAAUAAUUAAAUACACAAAACUUAAUGAAAACAAAAGCUCCGGUUAAUGAAAGGCAAGAACAAAGAACGACAGGACCAAAGUUGGCAGCGGCAAUAAGAUGAUUCCUUGCAGUCAAGUAAGCAAGAAAAGGAGGACGAGGAAGCAAGUAUUACAUAAAUUCAACAGCGCCUCGCACUCGUCAACAAAAUGAUAUUAUUUAAUAUUUUUUAAAAAACUAUUUUCUUUAUAAUGUAUACUUACACACACACAUAUAUAUUUUUAGUUAACCUACAUUGUAUGUAUUCGAAAUCUGUUUUUUUUUUAUAUUUACAUACAUAGAUAAAUAACUUCAAAUGAUGCGUGUAUAACUUUGUAAUUUAACAGCUGUUCCAAAAGGUAAAAGCGAGAAACAUAAAGAAAACCCGAGUUAAAUGUUUUAAUGUUUAACUAAUUAGUCGAAAGUAAAGAUUAUAUAAACAGAAAAUAAAGCACAUUGAUGCAUACA